AUGGUUUUUAACUCCAUUUUAGGCUUUCCAAGGCCACAUUUCUUUUCUGGCCAGCAUAUUCCUAGUGAUACAGAUAUGUUAUCAUUGCCAAACUUUUGUAAUUCAGGAGGUGUAGCGGUCUCCGAAUUGCCUGUUAUCAGCCCUUUAAGAUGCUGUGCAGUAAUAUCACUGGAUGCUGUGCGGGGUAUAUGCAAGGAGGUGGAAGCUUUAGUGCAAAAAUGUGGAAAGCCAAAAAUGCUUGAUGCAAUCAAAUUACCUCCUAAAGAGCUGUAUAAGCUAGUCGAAGAAAUUGCUGGCAAUGAGUUGGUGGAAGUGCUACAAAUUAAAAACAAGAUUCCAAGAAGAAAGGCAUUAUCAUCAUUGGAAGAAAAUGUUAUAAGCAUAUUGUCUGAGAAGGGUUAUAUCAGUACAAUGGAAGCUUUUGGGUCUACUGAAACAUUACCAGAUUUGCUAGAGGAGGACGAGGAUGAAGAAGUGGUUGUUGAUGGUGAAGUUGAUGAGGGUGAUGUUCACAUAAAGCCAGUUGCAAGGAAGACUGUCCCAUUGCUGUUCUCUGAGGUAGAUGUGAAGCUGGUAUUCAAGGAAGUUACUUCCAAACUUUUGCGGAAACGAAUUGUGGAGAGAGGUAAGAGAAGUGAUGGCAGGACCCCUCAGGAGAUACGGGUGAUUGACGCACGCUGUGGACUGCUUCCCAGGGCACAUGGGAGUGCUCUCUUCACUCGAGGUGAAACACAGUCAUUGGCGGUGGUAACACUUGGUGAUAAGCAAAUGGCACAGAAGAUAGACAACCUUGUGGAUGAUGAUGAAUACAAGAGAUUUUAUCUUCAGUAUUCGUUUCCACCCUCAUGCGUUGGUGAAGCUGGGCGUGUAGGGGCACCAUCAAGAAGAGAAAUUGGUCAUGGAAUGCUUGCAGAGAGAGCUCUUGGACCAAUACUGCCUCCUGAAGAUGACUUCCCUUACACUGUUCGUGUUGAGAGUACCAUCACUGAAAGCAAUGGCUCAUCGAGUAUGGCAUCUGUAUGUGGUGGGUGCUUAGCAUUGCAAGAUGCUGGUGUUCCUGUUAAGUGUGCUAUCGCUGGCAUUGCAAUGGGUAUGGUUCUGGACACAAAGGAAUUUGGUGGAGAUGGAACUCCACUCAUCCUUUCUGACAUAUUGGGUUCUGAAGAUGCAUCAGGAGAUAUGGAUUUCAAGGUUGCUGGAAGUGAUGUUGGUAUUACCGCGUUUCAGAUGGACAUAAAGGUAGGAGGAAUUACGUUGCCAAUCAUGAAACAAGCUCUCUUACAAGCAAAAGAUGGACGAAAGCACAUUCUUGCUGAGAUGUCAAAAUGCCUGCCACCCCCUUCAAGAAAGCUCUCAAAGCAUGCUCCGCUAAUCCAUGUUAUGAAGGUUAAACCAGAAAAAAUAAACCUCAUCAUUGGCUCUGGGGGGAAGAAGGUGAAGAGCAUUAUUGAAGAAACUGGUGUUGAAGCUAUUGAAACACAAGAUGAUGGCGUGGUAAAAAUAACUGCAAAGGACUUGUCAAGCUUGGAAAAGUCAAAAGCCAUCAUAAGUAGUCUAACGAUGGUUCCGGUUGUUGGUGACAUAUAUAGGAAUUGUGAGAUUAAAUCUAUUGCACCUUAUGGAGUUUUUGUGGAGAUUGCGCCUGGACGAGAGGUAUAA